GACCACCGUGUUGCACCGUCGAGCAGCUCAUCCUCAGAAAAAACACCUAGCCACGAGGAAGGAUGAGGGAUGUGGUUAGCCAUGUCUCAGAUCGGCCCAUGAUUGGUGAGUGGGAGAGUAGGACAAUCACGGGCAGGUUGGAGAACCUGCGAAAGGCGCCUAAGGACCUGCCCAUUGGAUUUAGGUUCCGGGCCGCGCUUCAUCAUGAGGUAGCAAACUGCAUGCCCUCAAUCAGCGGGUACAGAAAAUUGGAAGAUAUAGUGAGGGCGUACCACGUUCCCCGGACAAUACUAUUACGAACAGGCGCACCCAAUGAGAGGGCUUGCACGGUGUCACAGACGGGCUGGAUCCCAGUGUAUGUGGACCACUUUGACGCCGGCCUGCGAUUUCCCCUGCCCGGAUUGGUGUUCGAUCUGCUGGCGGAUUACGAGCUGGCGCUGACACAGCUGACGCCCAACAGCAUAAGGUUUAUCAUUGGCUUUAUGCUGUUGUGCGCGAAGUGGUACUACCUUUCUGGGAGAGACAAGAGCCAGUUGUUCAAGAAUGUCCGGAACAAAGUGGCGAGGUGGAAGAGGCAAUUUAUAUUUGUUCGCGACACGCGAACGGAGAGGAUAAGCAGCGACCUCGCUGCCCAGCUAUCCGAGUGGCGUGUGCCCAAUGCACACGUCAACUACCCUCAAUUACUGCCACGGGACACAGACCUCAAAAAUCAGCUGCUGGACUAUGCGAGGAAGGAGAAUCUGAUAGAUCUAGACGCCUUGGUUACCUCGGAGCAGCUUGCUGUGUUCGGGUUUGUCGAUGUGGCAAACCUGUUCACUGAAGUAUAUUGGAGCGCCAACGUCAGCGAGCCCAGAGCUCCCAAGGUCGCGGGCCGGGCAACACCUCGCAGAGACAAACGCGAUUCAACGAGCGACCGCCAGCCGCGCCUCAAUAGCGCAACUCGUCCCAACGAGGGUCCAACUCGGCAUCUAGGCCACGGGCUGAACACAGAGCUGAGGUUGCGGCCCCGAGUGCACAUAGACGUGCACGCGAGGAGACGGAGAGCGAGGAAGAUGAGGUCCCUCUUGCUCGGCGUAGAACAAGCGGGGGGACUCAGCCCGGCAGGCGGCUCGUCCUGCAACCGUGCGUUCACCCAAUGCGCCGUCAACUACUGCGCGGGCAACAGUCGAGCCUGCCACUAUAUCGGCUUCAAUGCGUUCAGCUACGCAGUAGCACUGUACGAGAGCGAGCAGGGGGCUCGUAUAGAGAACCAGGAGCUCGGCUCAAAGUGCAAACAGCUGGCCGCGGAGAAGGCUAGCCUUGUGGACAAUGUGAAUCAUCUGCAGGGCUCUGAAAUGGCGAACCGAGCUGCGGCUGCAGAGAGCCGAGCGAACGAGCUCGUCAAUAGGAUCAAUGAGCUCAAGGAGGAGCUAGAGCGAGCCCAUGCGGAGAGAGAAAACGGGAUUCAAGCGGCCAAGGACGAGGCCGCUCGGGUUGAAGAGCGGGCCAAGAGGGCUGAAGACGAGAGGGAUCAGGCGCUGAACGCAUUGAAGGCAUCUCAUGCGCACUCCGUUGGUAUUGCCCGAGCUCAAGGGGCAGAAUGGCUGGUCGGCUCGUCCACGUUCCAAGACGCAGUGGCGGUGGCGUCUGCAAACGUAACCACGGAGAUCUACAACGAGAUUCGUGGGAAGGUGCUGCACCACCGCCUAGAUUUUCCAAUUCGCGAGCUGGUGUUCUUUGACGAGGAGGAGCUUGACGACCAGGGUAAGAGCCUUGCUCCCCUUGCUGACACGACUGUGAGGCUGAGAUGGGAUUUAAACGAGGAGGACGUGCCCGUCUGGCCGCCGUCCGUGCUGGAGGACGGGGAAGAUACAACAGGGCUGCCCUCAUUUGAUGCAUGGGUAGAGGGUGCUCCUGUAGCUGAGCAGGAGCCUUCAAGCACCCCACCCAACUCUCAGCCCACGGGGGUGCUAGCCAGCUCGCCCGUCCGUGCACCAUUCUCUGAGCCCGCAGCCCGGUCUCCUCCAGCUCGCUCUCCUACAGCUGCUGCUGAUGCAUCUAUGCUCGUCGACCUGACGGAUGACUAGACUAGGGUUUUUUCUUUUUGUCUUUUGUAUUUUCUUUUGCUUACUUGUAUUGGUCAAUGACAUUAUAUGUCAUGUACUUCCACUGUAAAUGAUAAUUGAUUAAAUACAAAUUGAAUUCCCUU